GAGAAAAAGGCAAUCAGUUUUUGUCAUCUCGAAUUUGUUCUGUUUAUGGAUCGUCUCAGUUCGGGGCUGGGCUUUUUUUCGCUUUCGGCCUUUAAAGAGGAACACGUCUAUAUAUUUUCAGUGAUAAGGAUAAAAAUCGUGGCUAGCCCAUGACUUGAAAGCCAGCCGCAGAAGCAGACCAAAAUGUCCCAAGAAAGUGUGAUCGUGUUUACUAUUUUCUACGCGCUGCUGUGCUUCUGCAUCGUAUAUCCCUCGACGGAGUUCGUUUCGGCCGGAUUGACCGUGGAGCAUGUCUUCUCUUCGACAUUGGGUUCGGAAUCGAUCAACUUCGUGCGGCACCACAUCCGGCGAACCAGUCUGAAUUUGAUGGUUCACUCGAUGCUGCCAAUGAUGUACAUCCGGGUGUACUUUAUGCAGUUCAAUCAGGGCGAGGAAGGUGUCGAGCCACCUCCAACGGAAACGGAUCCCUACUGGGCGUUGGUGGGCCUGGCGUGGAAAGCUUUUAUUGGAGCUUCGAUUUUGCUACCAGCUUUGGUAGCCACCGCCAUCUACUACUGGUCCCGGAACGAGUGGCAAAACCAUCCGAUCUCCAAACGGUUGGGACUGUUUGUCGAUGGGGAUCGGUUGAAGACUUGGAAAGCUGUGGCCACCAACGUCAACGACGAGUACCGGAGGGACGAUAAGGUCAUCAUUAAGAUGAAUCCCGUCUCUAGAAUCGUGGUUACCGAGAGCUGGAUUAUCAAAACAGGACCCUAUUGGAUUAACGUGGCCCAUCAAGACGAUACGGCUAUGGUGGCAUAUAAGAGCGAUACCCAUGACGUGAGCCAGGAAGCAUUCGAAACCGUCCAGUACGUAAACAUAGCGGUGAAACCAACCCGGUCCGGUAUUCGUGAGUUCUCAAUUCGUAUUAAUGCGCUCGAUUUCAAGGAUCUGCAGGACCGCAUCAACCGACCAAUAGCCAUACUGUCCAGUGUUAAGUUUCACCAAUCGGUGCUAGAACGCUUUGUGGACGUUUUCAAGGACCAAGUGCGCCAAAAUCCUACCUAUCAGAAUGUGGAAGCGCUAGAAAAUCUGGACAGUUGCUUCGCAUGCAUGCUAGCUCAGCCGAACAUCAAAAUUCAAAAGAACUGCAUCGAUCUGGAUGAAGCCGGCGAACCCCUGCCGGAAGCUCGCUGCUGCCAAGUGUGCAACUGUAGGCCGAUGUGGUGUAUCGAUUGUGUAGCCAAGUGGUUCGCCUCCCGGCAGAAUCAAUCCGAGCGAGACUCCUGGCUGCAGCAAAAGUGUACAUGCCCCAUGUGCAGGGCAAGGUUCUGCGUUCUGGACGUUUCCUACAUCGAAACGCCUAGAUGAAUGCCCAGAGUAACGGACUCUCCACUUUUAGUUAGCCGGUAAGUGAACAAAUAUUUGGACUAUAGAUAUUUUAUUAGAUAUGUGUCCUUGAAUAGUGUGAUAUAAAAGCAUGAG